AUGAAGCUCACCCAGGCCGCCGUUUACGCCAUCUUGGCCUACACCGCCGUUGCUCUGCCCACCGCGCCCAUGGGCAAGGCCGACAUGGGUAAGGCCGACGUUGCCAGGAGGGAUGGCGGCAAGGCCGACGUGGCCGGCAAGGCCGACUUUGCCCGCGACCUGGGCAAGGCCGAUGUCGCCGGUAAGGCUGAUGUCGCCCGCCGCGACGGCGGUAAGGCUGAUGUUGCCGGUAAGGCCGACGUCGCUCGCCGGGAUGGUGGCAAGGCUGAUGUUGCCGGUAAGGCCGACGUCGCUCGCCGCGAUGGUGGUAAGGCGGACGUUGCCGGCAAGGCCGACGUCGCUCGCCGCGAUGGUGGUAAGGCGGACGUUGCCGGCAAGGCCGACGUCGCUCGCCGGGAUGGUGGCAAGGCGGACGUUGCCGGUAAGGCCGACGUUGCUCGCCGGGAUGGUGGUAAGGCUGAUGUUGCCGGUAAGGCCGACGUCGCUCGCCGCGAUGGUGGCAAGGCCGACGUUGCCGGUAAGGCCGACGUCGCCCGCCGCGACGGUGGCAAGGCCGACGUUGCCGGUAAGGCCGACGUCGCCCGCCGCGACGGUGGCAAGGCCGAUGUUGCCGGUAAGGCCGACGUCGCCCGCAGGGACGGUGGCAAGGCCGACGUGGCUGGCAAGGCCGACGUUGCCCGCAGGGAUGGUGGUAAGGCGGACGUCGCCGGCAAGGCGGACGUCGCUCGCAGGGACGGCGGUAAGGCGGACGUCGCCGGUAAGGCUGAUGUCGCCCGCCGCGACGGUGGCAAGGCCGAUGUGGCCGGCAAGGCCGACGUCGCUCGCCGCGAUGGUGGCAAAGCCGACGUGGCUGGCAAGGCCGAUGUCGCCCGCAGGGACGGUGGCAAGGCCGAUGUAGCCGGCAAGGCGGACGUUGCCCGCAGGGACGGCGGUAAGGCGGACGUCGCCGGCAAGGCCGACGUUGCUCGCCGGGAUGGUGGUAAGGCUGAUGUCGCCGGCAAGGCUGAUGUCGCCCGCCGCAAUGGUGGCAAGGCCGACAUGGAGGACUCGUACUAA